AUCAUUUCUAGAGAGAGAAUCGGAAAUACUUUAGAGAGAGAAUAAGAAAUAGAUGGGGAAUUGUCAAACUGUAGAUGCUGCAGUACUUGUAAUACAACAUCCAGGAGGAAAACUAGAGAGAAUGUACUGGCCGAUAACGGCUAGUGAGGUGAUGAAAAUGAAUCCAGGGCAUUAUGUUUCUUUGAUAAUUCCAUUGUCAAUCUCCGGCAAAGAGAAUUCCGAUGACAAGACUGCACGUUUUACGCGUGUUAAGCUUCUACGGCCCACUGAUACUUUAGUCCUCGGACGGGCUUAUCGACUUGUCACCACACAAGAAGUGAUGCAAGUUCUGAAGGCAAAAAAGUAUGCAAAGAUGAAGGAAAACCAACCAAAAUCUGGUGAGCAGUUGCCGGUAGAUUCAGAUAAGCAAUGUUCCAGUAGAGAGUCCAAAACACGAAAACCUGCAUCAGAAAAGAACGAUCAGGUCACGAGACAUGACAGACAUCAGCAAAGGUUGUCAGGAUCAACGAAUUUCACAGCAAGACGGGCCAAGUCCUGGCGUCCAUCUCUACAAAGCAUUUCUGAGUCGUCAGACUUUAUACAUUCAAGUGGAUUUUCAAGCCUGGAACAGAGAUAGAUAGAGUAAAAACAUGGACGAUGAUCAAACAUUUCUAUAACAAUGUCAAUUACGAGUCUGAACUUGUCAUAUUCUGAGUUAUAACACCUUUUGUAUGGCAAAAAAUAGUCACUAAAUGAAAUUCUUGACGACAGUA